GAAUAAAUAUGAAUAGCCGCUGAUCGUCAAAAACAGUAGUAGCCUAUGUAUUCUUUAAAUUGACCAUAGCAUGUAUAUACACCGAGACAAACGGAUUUUCUAGCAAACUUCGUCGACAGUUAAAUUGUUCUGUAAUUAAUAUUGGCCGGCUUCUUCUUAAGGGAGAUUGUUCCAGGAAUUGUUUUCAGUAGACCAACAUAAUGUACAGUAUAGUCUAUUGGUAACUUAGUAACUGUAGCUACCUACAAAAUAAGUUUAUGGUGCCCAAAGUUUGUGCUGAGUGUAAGAUAUAUUUCAGUGGUUUCAUAAUUUGUUUAUUUUCACCUUGGUUUAAAAAAUGGCAUCUUUACUGAAUGCAGAGAAGGUUCUGAGAGACUUUAUCAGUAAGCAUUCUCUCCCUGAGAUCUAUCAGGCAUUGUUAGCUGGUUUAUGUGCCCCAUGUCCUGAAAGUGCAUUACAUUUGCUGGAAAUGAAAAUAAUGGAAAUCCAGGAAAAUUGGAACCUGGAUAUUGACUGGAGCUCGUGUAUAAAAGCUGUGGAAGACAUUACGAUGGCAGCGCUGGAGGGAAACAUAGCACCUGGGUUCUUUGGGAACCUGGAUGAAAGCAUGGCUCUUUCACACCUGCUUGAGAAGGCAUACUCAUGUUACCGAAAAAGCUUGACAAAAAUGUGCUUUAACAGGGCUUGGGUAAAGUUCAUUCUGAGGAGGAGGAAGGAGGCGGCGGAGCUGGUGCUGAAGAUGAGGGCAGCGGAGGACCUGUACGAGGCCAGGCGGCGGAGGCAGGCCCUGCGCGCCUGGAGGGACUGGCUGCAGACCCGCAAGCAGAGGCAGCGCGAAGCAGUAAAGAAAAUUCAGGGGGUCUGGAACGCAGUUCUCUGUCGGAAUGUUCUUCAAGCCUGGCGGCAUGUCGCUCAGGACUCCAAAAAGACAAAGGAGUACUUUGAGCGGCUGGAAAAAGGACUGCUGGAGACUGAUAUUUACCACACGGGCGCCACGCCCAUGGAAGGACAGGAUGGAGUGUCCCUGUUGCCGUGGAGAGCUGCGCUGAAGAUCUUUCAGAAUUUAGAGGUUGGCGACCUAGUGAAAUGUGGCCAGGUGUGUCGGACGUGGAAGGCCAUUGCCCAGACCUACUCCCUCUGGAGUUGUAUAAACUUUUCUUCGGAGAGGCGGCGGAUCACGGACGGGGCCGUGGUGCGGAUCCUGCAGAAGUACCGUCCGUUCGUCACGCGGCUGAACAUGCGCGGGUGCUCCGCCCUGCGGGAGCCCAGCUUCCUGUGCGUCGGUGACUGCAGGAACCUGCGGGAGCUCAACGUGUCCGAGUGCGCCGGCGUAAACGAUGAAACCCUGAAGAUUGUUCUAGAAGGCUGCCCAGCUCUUCUUUACCUGAAUUUGUCUUACACUGCUGUUACAAACAGCUCUUUCAGAGCACUCUCCAGGUGCUGCCUCAAUCUCCAGUAUCUGAGCCUGGCGUACUGCAGGAGCUUCACGGACAAAGGCUUACAGUACCUGGCCACAGGGAAGGGCUGUCACAGGAUCAUCUACUUGGACCUCUCGGGCUGCACUCAGAUCUCUGUGGAAGGGUUCAGAUUCAUUGCCAUGGGAUGCAGCCUGCUCCAGCGCGUGGAAUUCAACGACAUACCAACCCUGACGGACAGCUGUGUGCUGGCGAUGGUCUCCAAGUGCAGGUCCCUGAACGCGGUCUCCCUCCUGGACGCGCCCCAUCUCACGGACGGCGUCCUCAAGGUGGUCGCCGAGGGGUGCAAGCUGAGCAGAAUCAGGGUCGAAGGUAACAGUCACAUGACGGACGCGAGCUGGAAGGCCUUCUGCAGGAACUCUCCGGGCCUGAAGCACAUCUCCGCAGCGGCCUGUCGGGGGCUGACCGACAACGGCAUGAGGUCCAUCGGGGGCCUGAAGAACUUGACUUCACUGAAUAUAGCCGACUGCGUCAGGGUGACUGACCUGGGGCUGCGCUGUUUAGCAGAGGGCCCCUCUGGACCCCGGAUCCAAGAACUGAACCUAAGCAACUGCACACGCAUCACUGACGUGUCCCUCAUGAGGAUAGCGCAGAGGUGCACCAGCCUGUCCCACCUGAGCCUGUGUUACUGUGACCAGCUGACAGACAGUGGGAUGGAGUGGCUGGGGAGCGUCUCCUCCCUCACCUCCCUGGAUCUCACCGGAACCAGCAUACAGGACCAGGGUUUGACGGCCCUUGGCAGCAACCCCAGCUUAAGGAAGCUGAAUGUGUCGGAAUGCCUCUGGAUAACAGACAUCGGAAUAGAGAAAUUCUGCAAGCAGCUGAGGGGGCUGGAGCACAUGGACGUGUCCCACUGCCUGUCCCUGUCGGACCAGUCCGUCAAAGCGCUGUCCUACCACUGCCGGACCAUCCGCUCCCUCCGAUUGGCCGGCUGCCCCAAAAUGACGGACGUGUCGGUGCAGUGCCUGAUGGGGGCGGGGCAGCACCUGCGGGAGCUGGACGUGAGCGGCUGCGUGCACCUCAGCGACCGGGCCGCCAAGCUCCUGCAGCGGGGCUGCCGUCAGCUGAGCUCCGUCACGAUGCUCUACUGCAGGGGAGUCUCCAAGCAGGCUGCCCUGAGGCUCCGCCCCCACACCCAGCACUGGGAGCACAGCAGGGACGACGCCCCCCACUGGUAUGGCUACAACAGCACGGGCCAGCUGUUCCACCCCAUCCAGAAGCCACGCAGGGUUGAGGAGCACUGGGAGGAGGAGGAGGAGGAGGAGGAAAAGGGAAGAGCAGGAGACAAGUAACAACUGGAAGGGCUGACACCAGCGACAGUCCUGGAGCCAUACUUACACUAUUGCUGAAAACCAGUGUUUUAAGGGUAGCCAUUUUAAUGAAUAAUCACACAUCCGGACACCAUUACCUCCUCAAGGUCAGGUUCUUACAAAUUUUACAUCCAGGCUAGAACAAAGGCUCUAAGGAAUGUUUCCUCAAAUGCUCCAAAACCAGCAGGUGUUAUUUAGACUUCCUGCUUUUCGUGAAGGCAGUAAACAACAGACCCAAAGCAUCUUCUCAGCUGGUCACCAUUCAUCUGGAAAGUGUGUUUGAGGGAAGGCACCUGCUCACAAUGUAAUCAUACAUAAUAAUGUAGUGACAGACAUUUAUCAUGAACCAAAUUCAUUAGGUUCCCAUAAUUUCCCCAGAUGUAUUUAAAAGAUAAAUGUCAUCAUUUUUCAAGAAAUUACUUAAGUGCUAAACAAAACCUGCUUUGCUUUGCAUGCAAAUGUGGAUGUAAUCACGAAUUUUGGCACGUUUAUGCAGCACCAUUCUCUCACCAUGACCACCCAAGGCCAUGUUCAGCGUAGAGCAACUAAUCACAGCUGAAAAAGAAAGGCAUCCUUUGCCAGGAGGUCAGUGGAGAAUAGUCAUUGGGACACCGAGCAGACGCAUCAGUGCCCUGGUUCUCCAGAGAUGUCGAUGUGUCCCGGUGGGCAUUCCGUCUGCUGUCAGAACAGCUUCGAAAAGACUAAACAGCCGGUCUUUCAACUAGUACAUUGCUUGUGCCAUCCAUGAACACCUGGAUCCAUGAAAACCCAAAAUGGAAUUCACGUAAAAAAACCACACCUGGGUGUCUCUAGCCAAGACCAGAGCAUCUCCUGCACAGCAUGGAGGCUGUUCCAGACACUACCAGCAGGCCACAUACCAGCAUGAUGACUACAUACGGUUUGCCUUGGCCGGCACAUUGCACUUGGGGGCCAAUACCUCUCAACAGAAGCUGGAAGAAGUUGCAGACCACUCUGUGCAGUACACAGGACCUACCUGCAUUCAGCCAGGCCCUGCUGGAAUGGACAUUACCCAGGUACAGUGUCUGGGACAUAAGAACCAGAUCUGUGCAUACUCAAUACACCCCUAUACUUAAAAUCAUCAUCUAUAUUAUCAUUAAAAUAACUAUUCCUUGUCUCGUACAUCUGGAUAAACUGCAAACAGCUUAUGUAAUAACAGAGGAGAAAUGACCUGUAUUUAAAUCAAGUGAACAAUUAAAGAAAAUGACAACUGGAAGAGAAGAAUCAUACAAGAACAUCACAUUUAUCCAAUAUGAUUUUAUUCAAAGUUUCUUCAAGUUUCACUCCAUGCAUUUCUUUGUACUGUACAUAUCUACAUUAUAUGACAGUCUGGACAUAGCACUUGCAAUAAAAUGUUUACAUUGAUGGCUAA